CGACGCUUUCGUCGGCGCACGGAUAUAUCCAACUGCGGGAGUUCGCCGCGUGGUCGCCAGAGAUCGGCAGUUCGACUCUAUUUUAUACUCCGUGCUCUCGUAUACUAUAUUUUAUUUUAAAAAAUAUAUAUCUUGCCAGUAGCUGUGUACAUGAGUGGGAAAGAAGCGGCAUGGAAAUAAGAGCGCGGGUUUAAAAUCCGCGAGACUUAUUCGACUCCGGAAGCUAAAUAGACCCCAGCUCAUCGCACAACGUUCCAGAGAUCACAAAAAUGGCUGUCGACAAUCCGUCGUACUUCUCCUUACGGGGCGCCGCCGACGCCUCCAGCAGCGGCGACAACAGCCAUCAGGCAUCCGGUAGCGUCGCAGUAAGCAGUAGCAAUACGUCGCGUGGCUUCGGCGGCUUCUUCCGGCGGAGCAAUAAGUCCGUCAACAACAAAGCCGCCUGCGGCAGUCUACCGCAGAACCAGCCGAGCAUCGUCAUGAGCCCGAGAAGCGAACGUUCUCUCGGUCAUCAUCAGAGGAGGAGCCUCAGGAGUUUGUUCAGGUCGGCCAGUGCCAGUGCCGACUGCGAGAAGACCCGACAGUUCCUCAAAGGUGAACCCAGGCCCUCCGACGUGGCUCCGCCCUCGCCGUAUCUCAACGGAAGAUCUCACGUACACUCCGAAUUGAGCCGACAGCACAAAGGAGCGCGUCGCAAUUUUCCGAAAUCGACGAGCGAGCUGCUCAAUAUGGAUAUGAUAUUCUGCGGUCUUCCGGGCGAAAAUGGACCUGGGAGUCUUCCGGUUCAACCUCGACGCUGCGAGGAGAACGAUUACUAUCGGUUCGAGCGAGAUUCGGAUUGUGGUAGCGAUACCGCGACGCUUACCCUCGACGAUGUUGACAAUCCGAGGAGUUACUAUAAUCUCACUGCCACCUUGCCCAGUCUGGGCAGUCCGAUGUACUCGAGUAUGGGCAGACCUCGACGACAGGCGUACCAGCAACAGCAGUUAACGGAAGCCCAACAGAAGCGUCAUCGUCGGCGACACUCGAUCGGCACGUUUCUCGAUCGCGACAAAUGUGCUGUCGGCUCAUCCUCGACGAUGUCCUCGCGCAAGUCGUCCCAUAACGGCAACAGGUCGACCGAUCUCGUGGUCGAGCCCGACGUCGCCGAGAUCGCCGAGGACUGCCCGAGAAUCGCAGCCAGGCUGGCAAGGCACGACAGGAUCGGAACGCGGCACGCGCCAGGCACGUUCGCCUCGAAGCCAGCUGCAACGAACGCGGCUACCGCAGCGGAGAUAGCCGCUUCCAGCAGAGACGAUGUCGUCUUCGUCUCAAUCAAGGACAACGAGGCUGCGGCGCUCUGGGUCAACUAUCUCACCGCAUGCUUCGAGCAGAUCAGCCGGCAGCAGGGCAGACCUCCGUUUAGAGUAUCUCAGAUCCAGUUCGAGGAACCGCUGACUCCGGCGCACGAGUUGAAGAUCCGCACCUCGCGUCUGCAGAUCGUCGUGGUCUGUCCGGUCUUCAUGGAACGCGUUUCCGAGCGUCAGGAGCAGGCGAGUCAGCUGAGUCGUCAGUUGAGCAGCGAACGCGUGUUGGCCAUGAUGCUCGGAGUCCAGGAGAGCCAAUUGACGGGUCGAGCCGGCAGCCUGGUGGGCUGUCAGACCUGGCGCAAGUUCUUCGUCAAGGACCAGGACGAGACGUUCGUCGGGCAGUUCCUGGGCGCUGCCGUGGCCAUACUCGGCAGCAGCGUUGCCAGCAACAACCUCAAGAUCGACAAGACCGGCUUUUCCGUUCAUCCGAAGAAGGUGAAAACGGGCCAGAACCGCAUACUCGCGCUGUUAAACGAGCCGCUACAGCCAGACGACAGCGUGGUGGUGACGGUCGACCGUUGCGGCGAGGCGAUCGAGGUCAGCCACGUGAAGCGGCGCAACCCUUACACCUUGCAAUUCUCCAUCCCGGAGCGCUGCCUCGACGUGUCGAUGCUCGUCGGUGUCAGGAUAGCCCGCAACGGUACGGCCCUUGGCGUUCGCCAGGUCAAGUGUGAGAGUCGCCUACGGGAACUCGAUCAGAUACUCAGGGCGCACGACAAUCCCCUCGAGUUCAUGUGUCAGACCUUCGGCUUUAAUCCAGGCGACAGGGAGCAAUUGGAUAAUUGGAUGGUGCACGCGUUUCAGAAAAACAUACCGCCGCACUUCAACCUGCUCUCUAACCCGCCGGGUAGUCUCCAGCUCUCCAAGAACCAUUCGAGUUCCGAGGAAAAUCCAACGCUACUGCACUUCGCGGCUCGUUUCGGUCUGGAGAAGCUCGCUUGGCAACUACUCGAGUGCCCGGGCGGCGACAUCGCCUGCGACAUGAGAAACGCCAAUGACUACACACCUGCUGAUCUUGCCGAACAGGCCGGUCAUGUCAGACUGGCACAUCAACUUCGCGGUUACAUGCAAAUGAACGAAUUCUCGAAUAUGUACAGCUACCUCAAGGUCAUGAGCGAGAACACAAAUGGUAGCGCGAACGGCUACCGUACACCGAUGCACCACCACGGCGAGCGUCUCAUGCCAAUGGCGGAAGAAGCCUGCAGCAGUGGUACCUCGACGUCGUGCUCGCGAUACCAGGAGGACUAUUGCCGUCCUCGGCCCCUGAGCGAAGCUUACUCGGUACCACCCACGGCGCGACCAGUCACCGCCAUCUGUCGUACCUUCCCGGACUACUCGACGCCUCCGCCUUUACCCCAGCCAAACCCGGUGGUACCGGCCUCGACCGCAGCUGGCUCCGAGGACAGCGGAUCCGCAACGCCGACGCCACUGGCUGCGGGAUACGCGUCGUCCAGUUCGACUCUCAACGCUUCUAAUCUGGAGCUACCAUUACAAGGUUACAUGCAGAUGAAUCCUGCAGGUCUACGAUCACCGGACUCAGUCGCAUCGACCCCUAGUCUAUCUUCGUCGCAACAACUGAUCAGCCAGAGUCCAGCUCCGGAAACUCCAACGGCCGACGGAAAAAGCGAGACUUCCAGCGACCAGCAAAGCAACGCCGGCAAAUCGUCCAGUCUGGGCCGAUCCAGCAACAAGUCCUCGUCGCGCGAAAGUCCCCAAGACGAGCUGCUCGAGAUCAUCACGGACUUCAAGAACAACGUGUUCACCAUAUCGGAGGUCGAGAGACUCGUCGAGAACUGGCGGAACCGGAACGACGUGCAGCAGAGCUUCAAGGACAAACAGCGUCAGCUCUCGGCGAUGCGCGACGAGUACGAGAGGAUACAAAAAAGGAUCAAGGACGAGAUGAAGGCGCCGACGCCUUUCGACAGGAUCAGGAAGUUCUUUACCAAGGGAAAGAAAGAUUCUAAAGACCCUGCGGGCACGAGCGAGGAUGCGGCCUCGAGCAAGCAGAACGGCGUCGGUGGAAACUUGGCGGAUCGUCGUCCCGUCAGCAGUCUCAGUCUUCACAGUGUUUCGAGCUCGUCUUCCUCUGGACGAAUGAGCACCGUCAGCGGAUGCAGUGGCACUAGUUUAGGCGACAGCGGAACGCACUCUGACACAGAAGACCGCAGACACCCAGUGGCAGAAGACAAAGCCUCGGGCAUGACAAGCUAUGAGAUCCCUCCGGCACCCAAACCUUUCCACGGUCGGAUUUACCAACAGAAUCCACAUCAGCAACAUCAUCAACCUUCGAGGUACACGCCACAACCGAGUCGCGCGGCCGCAAUAGCGAGCACCAGUGAACUCGAUCUGCGACCAGUUAAGUCUUCCCAUUCUACAGUCGACGACAAAGAGUACUACAUCUCCUUUCCACCGUCCGGUUUGCCCAUACACUCUUUCCGAGCGAACGGUAGCACGAGGGAUCUGAAAACUCCGAGCACGCCGAUCGACGCCUCUCGCGAGUUCCUGGCCAAUUGCGACGACGGGAAGUCCAACCAGAUUAACUACGCUGACGUCAGUCCGAUCCUCAUUCCACCCCCGGGUAUGUGCAUACCUUUCCAAUACGUGAACAUCGCGGCACAGCAACCGACCACGGACAACGUCCUCACGAUACAGCCUGAGAUUCAUGCCGAACCGAGCAAACCACUUAAGAUCAAGGAGGAAAUCGACGACGACGACGAUAGCAGCGAGAACGAUACCGAUAACGAAAACGCCGACAAGGUCGAGGAGAAGAUCGAGGAACCAGAGAGCCCGAAGAUACUCAAUACCGAUCAGGAGACCGCGACACAAGUGCUAAAACAAGUGGAGAACGUUCCGGACUACACGAAUGUGCAAGUGGCGGCUUCCGAAGAAAUCGCCAGAAAUUUCGGAGUGACUUUAAAGAAACUGCCAGCCCCACCGGUACCGCCACGAUGUGAAUUCAGUUUCGCUGAGGCGACGACCGUGACGGAAAAAAACAGCGACGAGUGAAGUGACGUUUUUUUAAUAGUUUACGAACGAACAAAGAUAUUGGAAAAGUCUAUAUUACGUGCGAAUCGUUCGAGCGGAUGAGUGUGAAUGUAUAUGUGCUUUGUAUUGUGCCUUGUAUCAGUGCGUUAUGAUUGUAAUGUCUUUUUAUCUUCAACUUAUUUGUAUUUUUGUAUAUGUUUAUAAAUGACGAAUCGUACGAACGAAAGCGACAUCUCAAUGCUUCGCUGUCGGAGACGAGAUCUUUAUUAUCAUUGCGUAUUAAUAGAGCUAUGUAUAUGGUUGACAUUAUAUGAUUAUUUAUGUUCGUGAACGUAAUUCAAAUUUUUAUACGACUAUCUAGCACGCUAUAAUUAUAAUCUGACAUCGAUGAGCAGUAUAUUCGUGUUCGAUGUUAUGUAUUUUAUUUUGUUUCUAGACUAAAGAGUGGAUCAGCAGUGCUUUUUAUACACGAAAUCGUAUUGUAAUUAUUAUACCUAAUGUUUUUAAUAAAUGUUACGUUUAUUUUAUAAGUGUAUUAUAUACCAA